AUGGCGGUUCGCACGCGCGGCCACCGCCGGCUCCUCGCCGCCGCGCUGGCCCUGCUCCUGGUCGCGUCAUCCGGCGUGGCGCGGGCGGGGCCGAGCGGUCCGAUCAAGACGGUGGUGGUCGUCGUGAUGGAGAACCGGUCGUUCGACCACAUGCUGGGGUGGAUGAAGCGGCUGAACCCGGCGAUCGACGGCGUGACGGGGGCCGAGUGGAACCCGGCCAGCACCACGGACCCGUCGUCGCCGCGCGUCUACUUCGGCGACGGCGCGCAGUUCGUGGACCCGGACCCGGGCCACUCGUACCAGGAGAUCCGGCAGCAGAUCUUCGGCUCCGACGACGCGUCCGGCCCCGCCAAGAUGAACGGGUUCGCGCAGCAGGCCACCUCCGUCGGCGGCGGCAACAUGACGGACGCCGUCAUGAACGGCUUCGCCCCCGACAGCGUCGCCGUGUACCGCGAGCUGGUGUCGCAGUUCGCCGUCUGCGACCGGUGGUUCGCGUCCGUGCCCUCGUCCACGCAGCCCAACCGCCUCUUCGUCCACUCCGGCACCUCCGGCGGCGCCACCAGCAACAACCCCGAGUUGCUUGCAAGGGGAUACCCACAGAGGACGAUCUUCGACAACAUCCACGAUGCCGGCCUCUCCUUUGGCGUCUACUUCCAGGACGUCCCGGCGGUGCUCUUCUACCGGAACCUGCGCAAGCUCAAGUACCUCCUGAACUUCCACCCCUUCCACAACACGUUCCGGGACCACGCCAGACGCGGCUCCCUCCCCAACUACACCGUCAUCGAGCAGCACUACAUGGACAACAAGGACCACCCGGCCAACGACGACCACCCCUCCCACGACGUCUACCAGGGCCAGAUGUUCAUCAAGGAGAUCUACGAGACUCUGCGUGCCAGCCCCCAGUGGAACGAGACGCUCAUGAUCAUCACCUACGACGAGCACGGCGGGUUCUUCGACCAUGUGCCCACCCCCGUCGACAAUGUACCGAGCCCAGACGGCAUUGUUGGCCCGGCGCCGUAUAACUUCACGUUUAACAGGUUGGGGGUCCGCGUCCCGGCCAUCAUGAUCUCUCCAUGGAUUGAGAAGGGAACAGUUGUGCAUGGGCCAAAUGGUCCAACCCCAGCAUCACAAUACGAGCAUUCGUCCAUCCCCGCGACCGUGAAAAAAAUGUUCAACCUACCACAGGAUUUCCUGACUAAAAGAGACGCAUGGGCUGGGACCUUCGAAGGCGUUGUGCAAACAAGAACUGAGCCAAGAACAGAUUGCCCAGAGCAACUCCCGAUGCCGACGAGGAUACGGCAGACGGAGGCGAACGAGGAGGCGAAGCUGAGCUCGUUCCAGCAGGAGAUCGUGCAGCUGGCGGCGGUGUUGAACGGGGAUCACCAGCUGAGCAGCCUGCAGGAGAGGAUCAGGGACAAGAUGAACGUGAGGGAAGGCACCUCCUACAUGAGGAACGCCGUGCGGCGGUUCUUCGAGGCCGGCAUGUCGGCCAAGAGGAUGGGCGUCUCCGACGACGAGCAGAUCGUCAAGAUGAGACCAUCCCUCACCACAAGGACCUCCCCCGCCGUCGAAGACGACAAUCGUCCGUAGAAAAGCGUAUACAUAUAGGGGAAUUGGUGUUGGGAAAUUACUGAAGAUACUAGUACUACAUAAUAGAAGAUCAGCCAGCGUAGCCUAGCCAGAAUGGUGUGCUCGUGCUAGAUUGAAAUGGAAAUACUGUAGGAUGGAUGGAUUCUGCUGUAGGAUGGAUGGAGCAGAUGGAUUCUGUAUACAGUGGUAUACUACAAAGCAAAAUGCAUUGUUCGUGGCA